GCAGAUGACCAUGGAGUAUCAGAACAUUUCUAACAACUCUCUGUUUGUCCGUACCUCAGCAGUAGCAUCCAGCACUGUUCUUGGAUUGUGCUGUGCACUGGAUGUACCAGGUAAUGUAGCGGCGCUGGUCAUGCUCACCCAGCAUUUAAAAGAUGACAGUUUCACCCCAAAACUGAUGCUGAGUCUGGCUGUCUCGGAUCUAUUGAGUCUGAUAUUUCUGCCUGUGUGGAUUUAUGCCCUUCUGAACGGCUGGGUUUUUGGCCAAGGUCUGUGUAAGUUAUUUUCCUAUGUAGUGUACUGGAGCCUCUACAGUAGUGUGCUUUCUGUCACCUUGUUGAGUGUGCAAAGGUACCUGCAGGUGUUGUAUCCACAGCGAUGGGCCAAGCUCAGGCAGAAGGGUCAAAAGGGGCUGAUUUUAGGAAUAUGGAAAUUAAGUGGAGCUUUGGGUUCUUAUGCUCUUUAUUACAGAAACGUGAAGCAGAAGGCUGGGCUUCUACGCUGUUAUCAGGAUUAUAAGAAUAAACAAGAAAAAAUAGUCAUCUUACUUGUCGAAACUCUAGUGAUGUUUUUUGUGCCUCUCUUCAGCCUGUUGUGCUUCUACCAUCGACUUCACCAACGGAUAAAUCGGUCGGCUUCCUUCAGAAGCCAAAGGCUGACAAAACUGUCUGUGAGGAUCGUAGUGGCCUUCUUCAUAUUUGGGACCCCCGCUAUGAUCAACAACUUGGUCUUAAUGGCAAUUUCAUGGGAAUCAGAUGGCAGCAACAAUGUAACCGGUGCUCUUUUCUUCAUCAACAGUUGUGUGAACCCCUUUCUAUAUGCCUUCUCAGCUCGAACGCUGCGAUGCAGAAGAAAACAGCAUUUAGAUCAGCCACAAGAAAAUCUAAAUGAAAGUUAGUUAACACACUCAGACUAAAAAUGUGCACUUCCUUUACUCCUCUGACUAAAAGUGCACAUCUGCUGGCAUCUGUUUCUAUUAUUAGUGUUUGUUUUAGUGUGUUCUUUUUUUAUCUUACUGUAUCUAAAGGGAAGUGCGUACAAAGCUUUUCAUCAUACUUUG